AAGCUGAACAUGGCGGAGGCGGGAAAAGAGCCUGCAGGCCUCGCGUUCCCGGGAGGAGGUGCCACCCAAUGGCCUCUGCAGCGGUAUGGACGCUUCAUGCCCUCAGGCACCGGAGAGCCUCCUGGUCCUGGUCAGGGUGCGGGGACAGCCUCUUCCCUCACAUGGAAGGUUUUUGACUCCAGUGAAGAAUCUGGGUAUCUUGUUCUCACCAUCGUUAUAUCAGGUCAUUUCUUCAUUUCCCAAGGACCCACACUGCUGGAAGGGUUUUCACUCAUUGGUAGCAAGAACUGGUUGAAGAUUGUGAGACGCAUGGAUUGUCUUUUGUUUGGAACAACGAUAAAGAACAAGAGCCGCAUGUUCCGGGUGCAGUUUAGUGGAGGGUCCAAGGAGCAGGCGCUGGAAAGCUGCUGCAGCUGCGUGCAGAAGCUGGCCCAGUAUGUGACCGUCCAGGAGCCUGACAGAGUCAGCCAGGAACUCAGGCCGAGUGCUGGCCUGCUGGGGGCAGGUGAAAGCCAAGGGAAGGAUUGUGCACAGCGCAUCCCACCGCAGCACCGGUCACACCAGAAGCCAGAGAAGCAGCAGCAGGAUGGACCGGCCGGCACAGGGACUUCAGGAGGAAGGACCUCAGUGAGUUGGUUGGCUCAGUCUCUCCUGGUGUCAGAGGAGCUGUCCCCAGUCUAUGAACAAUCUGCGUGGGACACGGAAGACUUACGCCCCUUUCUGCGCUUGUGCCUCAUGGAUCAGAAUUUCCCCGCAUUUGUGGAAGAGGUGGAAAAGGAACUUAAAAAGCUGACGGGGUUGAGAAAUUAACACUCCACGUACAUAUAGAACUAAGGAACUUGAAAAAGUUCACUGAAAAAGUGCUUCCUCCUAAGAUUAGAUACAAGAAUAAAGAGUAUUAUUCCAAGCA